AUGGCAAGGUCUAGGGGUAAUUCCAAACUGGUUCCAGCACCUAAAAAGGAGGAGCUUGUUUCGAAAAAGAGAAAACAAGAGUCAGAAGAAGAUGAAGACGUGGUGGCCGCAUCGAGUUCUGAUGAUGAAUUUAAAGUUGAAGGAUUGAUUGAUCAGAGCAGUGACGAAGAAGAAGAAGAAGAAGAAGAAGAAGAAGAAGAAGUAGAGGAUGACAUUAGUGAAGCAAGCCAAUCAGAUUUUGAUUCUGAAGAAGAACUCAACAAACUUCUUGCAGAAGAUGACGGCGAAGAAGAUCCUAGCGACUACAGUUCAGUUGAAUUUUCCGACGAACCCCAGGAAGACUUAUCUGAUGUCGACAUCAAGAACUUAACCGUUAAAGACCCAUCAUCUCAAGAUAUCAAGACCAAAUAUUCCGAUGGAAGAGUAAGAAUUAUCAAACCAGAAAUUGAACCCGUGUACGAUAGCGAUGACAGCGAUGCCGAGAAUUUUAAUACCAUUGGUAAUAUCCCCAUCUCGGCGUACGACGAAAUGCCCCGUAUCGGUUACGACAUCAAUGGUAAGAGAAUAAUGAGACCUGCAAAAGGUUCAGCAUUGGAUCAGUUGUUGGAGAGUAUCGAUUUACCUCAAGGGUGGACCGGGUUAUUAGAUCAAAAUACUGGUACUUCGUUGAAACUUACCGAUGAGGAAUUGGAGUUGAUUCGCAAGAUUCAAAAACAAGAAAACACUGAUGAAAGCAUAAACCCAUACGAGCCAUUGAUUGAUUGGUUCACCAAGGAUCAAGAAGUGAUGCCAUUAACGGCAGUUCCUGAGCCCAAGAGGAGAUUUGUCCCUUCGAAACAUGAAGCUAAACGAGUUAUGAAGAUUGUACGUGCUAUUCGUGAAGGAAGAAUUUUGACUCCAGAAAAGGCCAAAGAACAACGUGAAAAGGAAGAUGAGGAGUUGAAUUUCGAUCUUUGGGAUGAUGACGAAACUGAAGUGCCUGAUCAUGUUAUGAAUUUGAGAGCACCUAAAUUGCCACCACCAACAAAUGAUGAGAGUUAUAACCCACCGGAAGAAUAUCUCUUGACUGAAGAAGAACGUGCCAAGUGGGAAAAUGAAGACCCUGUUGAUCGUGAACGUAAUUUUGUACCUCAAAAGUAUAAAUCGCUUAGACAGGUGCCCGGGUAUCAAGACAGUGUUCGUGAGAGAUUUGAACGUUCUUUGGACUUGUAUCUUGCUCCAAGAUUGCGCAAAAAUAAAUUGAAUAUUGAUCCUGAAAGUUUAAUACCUGAAUUACCAUCGCCAAAGGAUUUGAGACCAUUCCCUAUACGUUGCUCAACGAUAUACGAAGGUCAUACGGGUAAGAUUAGGACUGUUGCCGUCAACCCACAGGGUAUUUGGCUAGCUACCGGUUCUGACGAUGGAAGUGUUCGAGUGUGGGAGGUGUUGACUGGUAGACAAGUGUUCAAAGCACAGAUUAUUAAUAAGGACCAUAACAGCGAGGAUCAUAUUGAAAGCAUUGAGUGGCAUCCUGACCCAGAUACUGGUAUUUUGGCUGUUUGUGCUGGUGAGCAGAUUUAUCUUUUGGUACCUCCUAUAUUUGGAUUUGAUAUUGAGAAUACUGGUAAGUUGAGAAUUGAAAGUGGUUGGGGUUACGAUACAUUUGGAAAUAAGAAGCAAGAAAUGAAAGUAGGAGGAGGAGAAGAAGAAGGAGCGGAAGGGGCAGAAGAAGAAGAAGAAGAAGAUGCAAAAACAGCAGCAUCCACACCAAUUGCGGUCAAGAAGGAUGUAGCGAAAUGGAUCAACCCUACUGCUGCACAACAAUUGCAAUCUAUCUCCGCUAUCAUACAGUGCCGUAGAACCGUAAAGAAGAUUUCAUGGCAUAGAAAAGGUGAUUAUUUUGUCACUGUUUCCCCCGAUAGCAAAAACACAGCUGUGUUAAUCCACCAAUUAUCAAAACACUUAUCACAGUCACCAUUCAAGAAAACCAAAGGUGUGAUCAUGGACGCCAAAUUCCAUCCUUUCAAACCUCACUUGUUUGUUGCUUCUCAACGUACCAUCAAGAUUUACGAUUUGUCACAGCAGAACUUGAUCAAGAAGUUGAUGCCUGGGGUUCGAUUGCUAUCAACCAUUGAUGUGCAUCCAAGAGGUGACAACUUGUUAGCUGGGUCAUACGAUAAGCGUGUUCUUUGGCAUGAUUUGGAUCUUAGUGCUACUCCAUACAAGACUUUGAGGUACCAUGAAAAGGCGGUACGAACAAUCAAGUACCACAAGGGUAACUUGCCACUUUUUGCCUCGGCUUCUGAUGAUGGAAGUAUACACGUGUUCCACGGUACUGUAUACGAUGAUUUAAUGACAAACCCAUUAUUGGUACCAUUGAAGAAGUUGACUGGCCAUAAAGUUAUAAAUCAAAUUGGUAUAUUGGAUAUUGCUUGGCAUCCAAAGGAAGCGUGGUUGUUUAGUGCAGGUGCUGAUGGAACUGCUAGAUUGUGGACCACAUGA